CAUGGUUGAAGCCGUACGUGGUCUAUAGUUCACGACCUGUCCAAGAAAAUAAAAACAACUUCAACAUCAGUACUGUAUUUUACCUUAUUUUUCAAAACAUUCUAGAUCAAUUAAAAAGUUGAAUAUAUCGGAACGAUCGGUCUACAUUUAGCCGAUACCGACGAGUUGGCCGAUACCGAUACAUCUCUAGCUUGAAUAUCUGUCUGAGCGACUGCAGAAAUAGCAAUUGUUACGUCAUUGUUGACUUGUUGCCGAUUGUUUAUGCUUGCAGAAAUCGGUGUUUGGGGAAAGGCCAGAUGUUGGAAAUCUUGGAACUUCUAUAAAGUACGACUAAAAAGACAUGCUGUGGACAACUAACAAGAAGUAACAUUUAUAACAACAACAUUGUUCCAUACAAACUCAUAGCAUGGAAAAAGUGAAACCGUAUGCCUGUGAACAGUGUGACAAGUCUUUUACACAGAAAGGUAAUUUGCAAAUACACAUGCGAAUUCACACAGGAGAGGGACUUCCUAUUUGUGAAGUUUGUGGGAAAAGUUUUACAAAUGUAAGUAAAUACAUUCGCCACAUUCAAAUUUAUACGGGAGAAAAACCAUAUUCUUGUGAACAAUGUGAAAAAUGCUUUAAUGAGAAAAGUAACUUGCGGGCGCAUGAAAAAAUUCACGCAGGAAAUAAACUUUUUGUUUGUGCAAAAUGCCAGAAGUCCUUCAGCUAUAAGACGGUGUUACAAUCUCAUAUGCGAACCCAUACUGGAGAAAAACCAUUCACUUGUAAACAUUGUGGAAAGUGUUUUUCGCAAUAUGGCAACUUAAAAAGACAUAUUAAUACCCAUACUAGAGAAAAGCAUUACACAUGCAAAUAUUGUGGGAAAAGUUUUCUCUAUACUAACUCCUUAGAAAGUCACAUUAGAACCCAUACUGGUGAAAAACAUCACACAUGCAAACACUGUGGAAAAUGUUUUUUUGAGAAUUCCACUCUAAAAGAGCAUAUCAAAACGCAUACUGGAGAAAAACCAUUUACUUGUGAACUAUGUGAAAAAAAGUUUUCUUACAGUUCUAACUUGCGAAGGCAUAUCAGAACCCACACUGGAUAUAAGCAAUACUGCUGUUUUCAAUGUGGGAAGAGUUUUUCGUAAAGCAUUGGCCUCAAAGACCAUAUUCGAACCCAUACAGGCGAAAAGCCAUACAAAUGUAAGCAAUGUGGAAGGUGUUUUGCGAAUAAGUCUAACCUGAUAAGGCAUAUUAAAAUCCAUGAACGACAAAUAAAAACUUUAAGCAAUGUGGGAACAUUCUAAUCAUAUC